UUAUUACGCAAAUUUAACUCCUAAUUUUUUACUCUUCCUCCGAAGUGAAGAAAUCCGAUCCUUAGGGUUAUUGGAAACUGAAGAUUAGAUAAGAAGCCUUUCUGUCUCUGAUUCAAUCUCUCUAACCGUCCUUUACUUCUCAAAGCCAAAGGUCCAUGAAUUAGAUAAAUUACCCAUUUGUUGAAAAACAAUACCAAAAAAUUUUGAGAGAUAAAAAAAUGUCAGGAAGAAAUCGUGGACCACCACUUCCAAUGAAAGGGGGUGGACUACCCCCUACAGUCCAUGAACCGCCAUUUGGCAGAGGUUUGGGGCCAAUGUCGCAUCCAGCACUACUUGAGGAGAUGAGAGAAUCCCCAUUUGGGAUGGGUCCUAGAUCACUCCCUCCUCAUCCUGCAAUACUUCAGGACCAGCUUGAUGCUCAUCUUGAUGCUCAGUAUAAAGAUAUUCAGGUGUUGUUGGUUGAUAACCAGAGGCUAGCUGCUACCCAUGUUGCCCUUAAGCAGGAAUUGGAAGCUACUCACCAUGAAUUGCAAAGGAUGGGUCACUUUGCCGAUUCCUUGCGGACUGAGAAGGAUGCUCAGAUGAGAGAAUUGUAUGAGAAGUCUGUUCAGUUGGAGGUGGAUCUCCGUGGGGUGGAGGCUAUGCGUGCUGAGCUUCAUCAAGUUCAUGCUAAUAUUAAAGAGCUUACUGUUACAAGGCAGGAGCGUACAGGUCAAGUGCAAGCAAUGACACAAGAUUUGGCUAGACUUACAACAGAUUUGCAACGGGCUCCAGCUUUAAGGGCAGAAAUUGAGACAAUGAAACAAGAGCUACAACGUGCAAAAGCUGCAAUUGAGUAUGAGAAGAAAGGAUAUGCGGAGAAUUAUGAGCAUGGUCAAGCGAUGGAGAAGAAGUUGCUCUCAAUGGCCCGAGAGUUGGAGAAGCUCCGUGCAGAGAUUGCUAAUGCAGAGAAGAGAGCUCGUGCUGCUGCUGCUGUUGGGAAUCCAGGGACAGGCUACAAUGUGAAUUAUGGCAAUCCUGAAGGAGGUUACAUGGGCAAUCUUUAUCCUGCUAGCUUUGGCAUGAAUCCUGUACAGGCUGGUGCAGAAAAUUUUCCUCAGUAUGCACCUGGACCUGGGGCCUGGAGUGCCUAUGAAAUGCAACGAGCUCAAGGACACAGAUAGACUGGUGUUGCUAUCAUGCCAAGCAGUGUUCAGCCUCUUGGACUGAUACUUAUUAGACACCAGAUCUGGGGUGGAAGUGUUAUUUCAUGAUACAUUUCGGGAGAUUUGCUCAUAUGUUUAGUCUUCUUUUUUGUUGAAAUUGUACCCAAAAAAAUUGACAAUUCAUAUUAUUAGCUUGAGGUGCAGUCUGUUAUUUGUUUUGGUCUCUACUAAUGCAAAUAUUUCAUCUACUUGUUUAUAUCUUAAUGUCUAGGGUCUUUAAAAGCAAUUGACAUUGGAAAACUUGUUCGGCAGUACCUACUUCUAGCAGACAUUGAAGUGUAGCAAAGGUCUUCAACCGUAGCGGUUGGGACUAGGAAGCUGUGAUCAAUCUUUGCUAUUGUUAUGUUAAAGCAGGAGGUUAUGGGUAUGGUAAAGGUCAGGCCUAUUCUGUACUCCCCAUAUACCCCAAAACUUGUUAACAUUGUUACAAUUGUUCAGUAGCGGUUACAUAUAUCACAUCAUUCACACGUGUCUAUACUCUUGCACGUGCAUUGAUCCA